UGACUGGCUGAGACGCUUCAUGGGCUCACGUUCGCGGCAACCACCGAACAUACCUUCGUUUAAAUUCCCAACAUCCGCUCGCGACGGACCGCGGCGAGGAACCCCCCCUCGGGAGAGACGGGGGCUGCGUCCUCCGAAGCCGUUCAUGCCGGAUAAAGUUUGCGAGCAGCGUGGCAGAGGAGAGAGGAUAGAGACUCGACCGCCAACCUUUCGAUAAACUUGCCGGGAAGUCGCCAGUGUCGCCGCCGAACUGACAUGGGCACCUUGCGCGACCUCCAGUACGCGCUACAGGAGAAGAUCGAGGAGCUGCGCCAGAGGGACGCGCUCAUCGACGAGCUGGAGCUGGAGCUCGACCAGAAGGACGAGCUCAUCCAGAGGCUGCAGAAUGAGCUGGACAAAUACCGCUCCGUCAUCAAACCGGCAACCCAGCAGGUCCACAAGCAGAAUGAGCUGAACGAGCAGCAGCGGACGAAGAGGCAGGCGAUUUCGGCCGAACCCACUGCCUUCGACAUCCAGGAUCUCAGCCAUGUAACCCUACCGUUCUACCCCAAAAGCCCACAGUCCAAGGAUUUGAUCAAGGAAGCCAUCUUGGACAAUGACUUCAUGAAAAACCUGGAGCUCUCGCAGAUCCAGGAGAUCGUGGACUGCAUGUACCCUGUGGAGUAUGGAAAGGACAGCUGCAUUAUUAAGGAGGGCGAUGUGGGCUCACUGGUCUACGUCAUGGAAGAUGGGAAGGUCGAGGUGACGAAGGAGAGUCUGAAGCUCUGCACCAUGGGGCCAGGGAAGGUGUUUGGAGAGCUGGCUAUUCUCUACAACUGCACCAGGACUGCCACCGUCAAGACUCUAACAAAUGUGAAGCUGUGGGCCAUCGACCGACAAUGUUUUCAAACGAUCAUGAUGAGGACGGGUCUCAUCAAGCACACUGAGUAUAUGGAGUUCCUAAAAAGCGUCCCCACAUUCCAUGGCCUGCAGGAAGAUAUACUGAGCAAGCUGGCCGACGUCCUUGAGGAGACACAUUAUGAAGACGGAGAGUACAUCAUCAGGCAGGGGGCCAGAGGAGACACCUUCUUCAUCAUCAGUAAGGGAAAGGUUAAUGUGACCAGGGAGGAUUUGCCCAAUGGAGAGCCCGUCUACCUGCGCAGCCUCGGAAAAGGCGACUGGUUUGGAGAGAAAGCACUGCAAGGGGAGGACAUCAGGACGGCCAACGUCAUUGCAGCAGAGGCAGUCACCUGUUUGGUCAUCGAUAGAGAUUCAUUCAAGCACCUGAUUGGAGGUUUGGAGGAUGUGUCCAGUAAAGGCCAUGAAGAUGCUGAUGCCAAAGCCAAGUAUGAAGCAGAGAACGCGUUUUUCUUCAAUCUGAACCUAGCUGACUUCAACAUCAUCGACACUCUGGGGGUUGGUGGCUUUGGACGUGUUGAGCUGGUUCAGCUCAAGAGCGAUGAGAACAAAACCUUCGCCAUGAAGAUCCUGAAGAAGCGGCACAUUGUCGACACAAGACAACAGGAGCAUAUUCGCUCAGAGAAGCUCAUCAUGCAGGAGGCCCACUCUGACUUCAUUGUUAGACUCUAUAGAACUUUCAAGGACAGCAAGUACCUCUACAUGUUGAUGGAAGCCUGUUUAGGGGGAGAGCUGUGGACCAUUCUUCGAGACCGGGGUUCAUUUGAGGACUCAACCACCAGGUUUUACACAGCUUGUGUGGUAGAGGCUUUCGCCUACCUGCAUUCCAAAGGAAUAAUCUACAGAGACCUCAAACCGGAGAACCUUAUAUUGGACCACAGGGGCUACGCCAAACUGGUGGACUUUGGCUUUGCCAAGAAGAUCGGGUUUGGGAAGAAGACGUGGACCUUCUGUGGGACGCCGGAGUAUGUAGCACCAGAGAUCAUUCUGAACAAGGGUCACGACAUCUCAGCUGACUACUGGUCCCUAGGAAUCCUCAUGUUUGAGCUCUUAACUGGCAGCCCUCCAUUUUCUGGCCCUGAUCCUAUGAAAACCUACAACAUCAUCCUGAGAGGUAUUGACAUGAUUGAAUUUCCAAAGAAAAUUACCAAAAAUGCUGCCAACCUAAUCAAAAAGCUAUGCAGGGAUAAUCCUUCUGAAAGACUGGGAAACUUGAAAAAUGGUGUCAAAGACAUCCAAAAGCACAAAUGGUUUGAGGGCUUUAACUGGGAGGGCUUGAAGAAGGGGACAUUGACGCCUCCAAUUAUCCCUAAUGUCACAUCAGCAAUCGACACAAGUAACUUUGACAGCUUCCCAGAGGACAACGAGGACCCGCCUCCCGAUGACAACUCCGGCUGGGACGUUGAUUUUUGAAGUCCUCCUCUCCCCUUAAAACCAAAAGAAACUCGUCUUUUGUUGGCUUGGAGGCCAUCUUGAGGAACAUGGCUGUGCUGUAAACAAAUAAACUGCAUUAAAAUUGUAAGAGAGGAUAUGGAAAAGAAGAUAAACAAAUGGAUGGCCAACCCUCUGGGUCACCGAUAUGCCUUUAUUUCACUGUGGCUCUGGAUUAAGCAUUUAUAAUGGGACUGCUGUAGCACUUCUUCAGUGUUGUCUUACACUCGGCUCAAAAAGCAAAAAGGCAAAGAAAGUGCAGGGAUACACACACAUACACACAAUACAACAGAGGCUGAUAAUGGAGCCAGUUUUUCCCAUGUAACAAGGAGAGAUGAUUAGUGAGUGAAUGAAUGUUCAGUAGUCUGAGUAAGUUUUGGUUCUAGGAUAAAUAAGAGUGUGAAAUGUGCAAUGAUGGCCUGCUCAAAAAGAGAAGAGGCUGAUGAUUGCCCUUUUUUUUUUUUCUUUUCUGUGUUUGUGUCUCCGCAAUAUUUGGUUAAAUAUGUGGUGGACUGUGGUGGGAGGUUAUAACAUGUUACUGCAGUCGUUCCCUGGUUUUUUGACAUGCAGCUGCUUGCUGCAAGUUUUCAGAGAUCUAUACACUACAGUUCGCAAGUAAAUCUGGCAUCAAGUGCUCAAAACUAACCUGAAUGUCACUGAUUUUCUUCUUGUUCAACAUCCAUAUGGCAUACGGUAUGUACGGUACAUAGUAUUUGAAUUUACAAGUUACGUUCUCACAAAUGAACACAACCGGUCUAAAAGCAAAUACUUAGUACCAUUUAUGUAAGAUAAACCUACCUUGAAAAAGCACAAACACUGUGCAUUCAGUGGAAAGAGACGUCACUCUUCAAGUGCCCUACUUAAAUUUUAAUGAAUUACACAUCGACACACAUGAAAUGUCAGCUAGUAUUUCCACAAAGUAAUCUGUCAUUAUGCACUUAUGACCAUUAACUCAGAAAAUCAGCAGUUAUAGCUAAUUUUAAGCUUCAGUAGAUCAAGUCACACUCUUAUUUUGUUCUUUAAUACGCUUCAAAUCACGCAUAUGGAUACUUCUCUGCCUACAUACUUCUUAAUUUAGUUUUUCAAAUCACCCAAAUGCCUCCUCCCAUUCAACCAAACGGGACAUAUUCAAUUCGCUCCUGUAUAGCUCUGAUAUAACUGUGAACAUGGUUUCAAUGUCUUUGGUGCUGUUAUUGAUAAAUUAUAAUACGCGAUGGUGAAAUGACAGUUAUGGUUAUUGUUUUUGUAUAGUGAUUUUUUUUUUUUUGUGCUUGAUUUCUUUGUAAUGUUCUUGACUUCUUUCUUUAGAAAAUUGGAGACUUGUGUCAAUUUGUAAACAUGAGUGAAGAUUUGUUUGAUAUCACUUUACACCAUGUUACCUUGUGCUAAAUGGUAUUCUCAAGGUUUUUUAACAGGUUUAACCAUGUUAAAUUCAUCCAUAUAAAUGAACCAUCCUCUUCUUUGAAGGCAACAUUUACCACAUUCACAUUACUGUAGGACUUCCUUGACUCAACAUCAUCUUACAGGUAUUAUAAAAUUUCUCCUUGGGACAGACGGCAAAAGACAAAAAGGGAGAUUAUAGUUUGUGAAACUCACAUCUUUCACCGCUAGCACCGAGAUCUCUCACCCAGCUCAUCGCCUCUCACGGCCCAAAAAUCAGAGCAUAAAAUCAGACGAAAUGUAAGUGCCUUAAAUCAAUGGCAUACAAAAUUAACAUCACAAGACCUUUCCAAUGCUGCAUGAACACACAUACACCUCAAAAACGUAUGUGUCCUCUUAGAUGGCUGCUUCUCAUCCUUUGUUAUAGCUAAUAAAUACAUGAAUCACCUUGGAAAGAAUUUCUAGUCAUUUGAUGGCGGACAAAAGUAUGUAUGAGAUAGAUUUCCUGCUUUAGCCCUUUUGAUUUAUCUCACAGGAACAUUUGCUAACAGUAAAAUUAUAAAACAUCUACCAAACCUGAUCUGGCUGCAAUGACAUGCUUUUCUCUACGUAUCAAAUGUGAUCUUAGGAAACCAACUGCAGCUGGUCUGAUACGAAGUGAACAGUAAAUUCGAGGCUCAGAGGAGACCGUCUAGCCUCCGUGUCAGUCGAUGAAAAGUCCCUGAAAUCUGAGCAUUUAGAGAUGGCAAGAAUGAUUUGCAGUUUGGAACUUUUCCGUAAUGUGAAAACAAUAUUCUUGUUUACCACUGUGGACAAUCUUUUGACCAUAUGCUAGCACUGAUCAUAAUGCAUCGCCGUCAUCCAGAUUUUCAUUUUAUGGGGUGGUUUAAAUAAACCUGAACAGCACAACUCAUAUUUCAUCCCAGGGAGCCAAACAGACACACUUACAUUUAAAUUGCAUAAAUCAAUGAAUUAUGUUAAUGAGGGGAAAUAUUAGUUCUGUAGGCCUACCAUAAGUAUUUUACUAUAUUAAGGGCAGGUUAUGUUUAUCACAAAGCCUUAUGUAUGUCAUCACUUUAGAAACCACUGGUUUUGAGUCUUAUACUGACGGCCUUCCGCAAUGUUACCCGAUAUUUGCCUUGUGUUAUGUUGUUUAUUCUGCUGUAGGUUAAUUUUGCAGAGUGCCACGUGUAAGAUUUUUAAAAUUAUAGAGU